CACUUAAAUGAACCAGCGACUGAGCAACAAUAACGACACAUCACUCACAGAUGAAGCUCGGAGCCCCCCGAGUACUGACACGAUCACCAAUUUCACAAAAGUUCAACAUGUAGCGAAACAAGUUGUUCUGCUUAUAAGACGUCUGUCCACUGGAGCUGGAUUUGUCUCGACAGGAAAGUACAGAAUGAGAUUCAAAACAUCUCUGCUGAAGGAGCCAAAGCAUAAAGAACUGGUCAGUUGUGUGGGCUGGAUCACAGCUGAUGAAGUCUAUUCCUGUAGUGAAGACCAUCAGAUUUUAAAAUGGAACCUGCUCACGAGCGAGACCAGUGUGGUGGUGAAGCUCCAGGAGGACAUCUACCCUGUCGACAUGCACUGGUUUCCCAAGACUAUAGCUGGGAAGAAGCAAGCUUUGGCAGAAAUCUUCGCCCUCACCAGUACUGAUGGUAAGUUCCACAUGAUGUCUAAGACGGGACGCAUUGAAAAGAGCGUGGAGGCCCAUCGAGGAGCCGUGCUGGCAAGUCGCUGGAACUAUGAUGGAACUGCUCUCAUCACUGCUGGUGAGGACGGCCAAAUCAAGAUCUGGUCUAAAAGCGGGAUGCUGAGGUCCACUUUGGCCCAACAAGGAUGUCCUGUGUACUCCGUGGCUUGGGGUCCAGACUCCGACAGGAUACUUUACACGUUCGGCCGGCAGCUCAUCAUCAAACCCCUGCAGCCGAGCUCCAAAUCUUUGCAGUGGAAAGCUCACGAUGGCAUUAUUCUAAAGGUGGACUGGAAUUCCGUGAAUGAUCUGAUCCUGUCUGGAGGUGAAGACUGUAAAUAUAAGGUGUGGGACAGUUACGGGCGGCCUCUCUACUCGUCCUCCCCCCACGACUACCCUAUCACCUCUGUGGCUUGGGCUCCUGACGGCGAGGUGUUCGCUAUGGGCUCCUUCAACACUCUCCGACUGUGCGACAAGACUGGGUGGUCAUAUGCUCUGGAGAAGCCGAACACAGGCAGCGUGUUCAGCCUGGCCUGGUCUGCUGAUGGCACUCAGUUAGCAGGAGCAUGCGGGAAUGGCCAGGUCAUCUUUGCUCACAUCGUGGAGCAGCGAUGGGAGUGGAAGAACUUUGAGAUCACGCUGACGAAAAGACACACCAUGCAGGUGAGGAACGUGCUGAAUGAUGCAGUGGACACUUUGGAGUUCAGGGAUCGAGUUAUCAAAGCGUCACUAUCUCAUAGUCACCUGGUUGUGGCCACGGCUCUGCAGUGUUUAGUCUACAACACUAAAAACUGGAACACGCCACUGAUACUUGACUUGAAGGAAGGCACAGUCAGCAUGAUCCUCCAGGCUGAGAGGCAUUUCCUAUUGGUGGAUGGUGGAGGCAUCUACGUGUACUCGUACGAAGGUCGUCUGGUCUGCGCUCCCAAGUUUCCAGGCAUGAGGACAGAUAUUCUGAACGCGCAGACCGUCUCACUGAGCAACGAUACCAUCGCUGUACGUGACAAGGCCGACGAGAAAGUCGUCCAUUUGUUUGACGCUCAAACAGGAAAGCCCAUCGGUGAUGGCAAGCCUUUAACCCACAAGAUGGAGGUAAUGGAAAUUGCCCUUGACCAGUGUGGAGCCUCCAACGACAGGAAGAUCGCUUUGAUUGACAAGAACAACGACCUUUAUCUGACCUCUGCGCGCAGGCUGGGCAGAGAGCAGAGAAUGCACAAGAUUGGCUCUAUGGUUCACACCAUGGUCUGGAAUGACUCAGCCAACAUCUUGUGUGGAAUCCAAGACAACCAGUUCACUGUAUGGUACUACCCCAGUGCUGUGUUUGUAGACAAGGACCUGCUACCCAACACACUCUUCACCAAGGAUGCCAGUGAAUUCAGCAGCGCUCCACACAUCCUGAACUACACGGGUACGCAGGUGACAGUGAGGCGAGCUGAUGGCUCGUUGGUAUACGGCGGCGUGCCACCCUACCCCACCAUGCUGCACGAGUACACAGGCUCCGCUCGCUGGGAGGAGGCCCUGCAUCUGUGCCACUUCGCCAAGCUGGGAGUACGAAGACUACCACGUGCCUGUUCUGUUUUGAACUGCUAUCUACCCUCUUCCACAUUCAUGACCUUCCUGGCUACGGAACGUGACCAUUAAAAACUCUAAAGGACGCACAUCCCUUCAGAGCACCAAUCCUGAUCACUUAUCAACAUCAAGCCAUUAGUAGAUGAGACGAACUGGCGUCUCUCCUUUGUGGACGCAGCUGUUUCUUUCAGGGACUUUAAGAGAGUCGACAUGCUGAAAGCUUGUCCUUGACCUUGAAUGACCUUGAAUUUAAAGGAUUUUCAAGCAGCAGCUGUUUUACCAUAUGCGUCAGGUGUAAAGGUGAGGAACGGAUGUCUGUCUCCAUGUCUGUCUCCAUGUCUGUAACUCACGUCUAACAUGAAGUCAGUACUGAUUACUAAACACUAGAUCAAUAGUUCUAUAAAAACACUGAGAGAGAGAGCGUGCAGAGAAACAUGCCUCAUGACCUGUCUCUCUUCCCUGUCUUCCUGCUUCCUAUCUCUCUUUUACUCUUUUUAUUAUUUCCCUAUAAUUCAUGCAGUUUUUUUUCUUCUAUCCAGGUUUCUCACUUCUAACAAAUCUUUUUUUUCCCCUCUAGCUGAUCUAUAAAUGUAAAAAGUAAGGCUGUGCUAAAUGUCAAAUGACAAGGUUUGUUGCCUUAAGUCAAAUUUUAAUUGUUUCCUUGAGAUUGAUUUUGUAGCCUGUAUACGGUCCUCUGGAUUUGCACAAAAUGCUCCACUAAGUCCUGCUCGUUUUAAAGAAGAAUGCUGUAUUUAUUACUUUUGUUGUUGGCUGGUGUUUGUGCAGUUUUAAUUGGGUGUCUGAAUGAGCCUUGGGCAGAUGGAGCGUCCGCACUGGAUUGCCUGACGCUACAGUGGGUUUGUGAGGUAGUGCCAGCGUGGUUUGAAUUUGUUUCUAAUUAGUUCAUGUGUCAUCAUUUACCGUACACAACCGACCUCACCCAGCAAUUAAUGCAUACAGCAGGCAGCUGUGCGCUCACUCCUCACCCUCCCGGCAUUAUGACGCUUUAACUACAGACCCUGAGAGAGUCCCGGUAUGGCGUUACCCAACUGUUAGUUCUCACACUAUCUGUUCUGUUAGAACACACUCUAUCCAUGCUCUUGCUAUAGUUUUCACAUGAAGUGUGACUACCUGAACCCUCGGCAGCUAAGAAACAGCACCCAGUCGAUCUACUCUACUCUUUAUAAUAUUUCCAUUUUAUCAGUAGUGUGUAACAGUUAAUCGAUUGCAUCGUUUUUUUCUGUCCUCUGCAAAUCUUUUAUAUAAAAUAAUAAAGAAAAAAAAAAGUUGAAUAUGUCUAAUUUCUUCUUAUGAGAUUAUGAUAAAACAAAUAUACUUUUUUCAUUA